CACCGAGGUCUCCAAGGGAAGGGAGGGAUCUGUAGCUGCAUUAGACUUCCAAGCGUUUAGACCAAUUUCUCCAUCUGACGGAGCGGUGAACGGGCUCAGGAAUGUGGAGCGUUUCCUGGAGUCAAAUAGGUCAAAGUCUGCGCUGCUUUUCUUACAAUCUUCGGUUCAGAAUGUAUACCUCUCCUGAAGAUCUCACCCAAAACCACCUAUGAGCCUCUGCCGCGAUCAUCCCUCCACUCACCACACACGAACGCCAAAGAGGUUAUAAACACCAUGGCUAUGACUAGUGUCAAAUUGCUUGCUGGUGUUUUAAGAAAGCCAGAUGCCUGGAUUGGACUCUGGAGUGUUCUCCGAGGGACACCUUCAUCACAAAAACUCUGCGCUUCCUGGAAUCGAUACUUGUAUUUUUCUAGUACCAAGUUACGUGCACCAAAUUAUAAAACACUUUUCUGUAAUCUUUUCUCACUGAGACUCCCAGGGCUUUUAAUAUCUCCAGAAUAUAUUUUUCCAUUUUCCCUAAGACUCAAAAGUAAUAUAAGCUCUAAAAAAUCUAAAAAGUCUCUGCAAAAAGUAGAUGAUGAAGACUCUGAUGCAGAAAGUGAUCAUGACGAGAUGAGUGAGCAGGAAGAGGAGUUUGAGGAUGACCCUACUGUAGUCAAAGACUAUAAAGACUUGGAAAAAACAGUGCAGUCUUUCCGAUAUGAUGUUGUCCUGAAGACAGGCCUAGAUAUUGGGAGAAACAAAGUAGAAGAUGCAUUCUACAAAGGUGAACUCAGGCUGAAUGAGGAAAAAUUAUGGAAGAAAAGCAGAACGGUCAAAGUGGGAGAUACAUUGGAUGUUCUCAUUGGAGAGGAUAAAGAAGCAGGAACAGAGACAGUUAUGCGGAUUCUCCUGAAAAAAGUGUUUGAAGAGAAGACUGAAAGUGACAAAUUCAGAGUGUUGUUACGGCGGUGGAAAAACUUAAAGUUGCCUAAGAAGAGAAUGUCUAAAUAAAUGGAUUGCUUUAUAGCAAUAAAGCUGCUUUCUAGUGGUAGAGGAAAGGGUCAACUGAAAAGGAGGACGUUUUUAUUAAAAUAAAGUUCUCUUAGCGUUUGUGGAA